GCAGUGAGUUUUAUUUUACAGAAUGGGAAUCCUAUGAGCACCUAUCACAGCUGUAUUGGUUGUCACAGCACCUGCUGAUGCUCAAAUAGUUGUGGCAAAGAAAGUUAUCUCAUCUCCUCACAUUACCAGCAGUCAUGUGCAACAGGAUGAUACGCAAGAGAAAAGGCACUGGUGUUUACCUGGCUGCAGCUAUUAUUCUGACGUGUUAUUUUGCGCAAACUAUAGACUGUUAUCGUCUGAAGAAAACAGAAAGACGAGAAGGGAGAAAAGAUGCCGAUACAACAAAUGGGUUCCAAGAGGGGACAAUUGUUUUCGGGAGAGCUUUUGAAAAAGGGUCAGGACUUGAUUUUCAAGUCACAGGCGGGACCAAGAAGUCAUCCUCAAACGCUUAUGUGGAGGAUGAGGGUGAUUAUCAACAAGACUCUGCAGGCUGGAUGAGCCCAACACAAGUCGCCAGUCCCAAAGACUCGUCAUGGAAGAGCAUGUCGCCCUCACUGCAGUGUGGUUCGGGCAAGUUGAAGUUCAGAGCGGUGGAACCAGGAGCAACACAAUUUGCGGUAGAACAAGGAAAUGCACCUCCAAUGCCUCUGUCACAGGUCCCGUCUACCUGUGGCUACAGCAUGCAGAGGAACUCGCAUGCACUUGAAAUGUUGGUUCCCUAUGAUGGCUGCAACAUGGUUCAAGAGGGUGUAAGUUAUGUACUCCCGAUGCGUUGGCAAGGAAUUCCAGUCUCUCUCUGGUGUUCCAAACCUGCCGCAACUCCUGCUGCAACUCCUGCUGCAACUCCUGCUUCCAAAACGAAUUCCCCCCAUUCCCCUGUACCUCGGAUGCCUCAAUACCCUCGGAUGCCUCAAUACCCUCGGAUGCCUCAAUACCCUCAGAUGCCCGAGAAAACAACAGCAACAACCACACGGCCUAUAACUGCAAAGGCGACUCAAAUUCCUGAAUACCCUCAGAUUCCUCAAUACCCUCAGAUUCCUCAAUACCCUCAGAUUCCUCAAUACCCUCAGAUGCCGGAGACAACAACAGCAACGACCACACGGCCUAUAACUGCAAAGGCAACUCAAAUUCCUCAAUAUCCUAAGAUGCCGGAGACAACAACGACCACACGGCCUAUAACUGCAAAGGCAACUCAAAUUCCUCAAUACCCUCAGAUUCCUCAAUACCCUCAGAUGCCUCAAUACCCUCAGAUGCCCGAGAAAACAACAGCAACGACCACACGGCCUAUAACUGCAAAGGCGACUCAAAUUCCUGAAUACCCUCAGAUUCCUCAAAACCCUAAGAUGCCCGAGAAAACAACAGCAACGACCACACGGCCUAUAACUGCAAAGGCGACUCAAAUUCCUAAAAUUCCUGCACUGCCUCAGAUUCCUGAAUACCGUCAGAUUCCUGAAUACCUUCAGAUUCCUGAAUACCUUCAUAUUCCUGAAUACCUUCAUAUUCCUGAAUACCCUCAGAUUCCUGGAUACCCUCAGAUUCCUCAGAUUCCUCAAUACCCUCAAAUUCCUCAAUACCCUCAGAUUCCUCAAUACUCUCAGAUUCCUCAAUACCCUCAGAUUCCUCAAUACCCUCAGAUUCCUCAAUACCCUCAGAUGCCUCAAAACCCUAAGAUGCCCGAGAAAACAACAGCAACGACCACACAGCCUAUAACUGCAAAGGCGACUCAAAUUCCUAAAUUCCUGCACUGCCUCAGAUUCCUGAAUACCCUCAGAUUCCUGAAUACCCUCAGAUUCCUCAAUACCCUCAGAUUCCUCAAUACCCUCAGAUUCCUCAAUACCCUCAGAUGCCUCAAAACCCUCAGAUGCCUCAAAACCCUAAGAUGCCGGAGACAACAACAGCAACGACCACACGGCCUAUAACUGCAAAGGCAACUCAAAUUCCUCAAUACCCUCAGAUUCCUCAAUACCCUCAGAUUCUUGAAUACCCUCAGAUUCCUCAACACCCUCAGAUUCCUGAAUACCCUCAGAUUCCUGAAUACCCUCAGAUUCCUGAAUACCCUCAGAUUCCUGAAUACCCUCAGAUUCCUGAAUACCCUCAGAUGCCUCAAUACCCUCAGAUGCCUCAAUACCCUCAGAUGCCCGAGAAAACAACAGCAACGACCACACGGCCUAUAACUGCAAAGGCGACUCAAAUUCCUAAAAUUCCUGCACUGCCUCAGAUUCCUGAAUACCCUCAGAUUCCUGAAUACCCUCAGAUUCCUGAAUACCCUCAGAUUCCUGAAUACCCUCAGAUUCCUCAAUACCCUCAGAUUCCUCAAUACCCUCAGAUUCCUCAAUACCCUCAGAUUCCUCAAUACCCUCAGAUUCCUCAAUACCCUCAGAUUCCUCAAUACCCUCAGAUUACUGAAUACCCUCAGAUUACUGAAUGCCCUCAGAUUACUGAAUGCCCUCAGAUUCCUGAAUGCCCUCAGAUGCCUCAAAACCCUAAGAUGUCCGAGACAACGACCACACGGCCUACAACUGCAAAGGUGACUACAAUUCCUAUAUAAUUAUCCGAUGCCUGAAUACCCUAAG